UUGAUGGGAUUAACACAGCCUUUCAGAGAGCUGUUUGAAACAUCUUCAUUAUGAUUUUUCAAGCUAUUUUUGAUUGCUUGGACUUUACUGGUUGGCUCCUGUUUGGUUUUGCAUUGUUGCUUUUGACUAAUGUGAUCAGAAACUGGAGGCCUAACAACCUUCCACCUGGACCAUGGGCUCUGCCUUUUCUAGGAAAUGUCUUCACCGGAGUUGACUUCAAAACAAUGGAGAAGCUGGCUCAGGAGUAUGGGCCAGUGUUUAGCUUGAGGAGAGGCAGCGAGAGGAUGGUGUUUAUUUCAGGACACAAGAUGGUCAAAGAGGCACUGGUCAUCCAGCUGGACAGCUUCGUGGAUCGACCCGUCGUUCCUCUCUUCCAUGUUGUCUUCAAGGGCCUCGGCAUCGCACUGAGCAAUGGCUACUUGUGGAAGAAACAGAGGAAGUUUGCCAACACUCACCUGCGUCACUUCGGAGAGGGCCGGAAGUCCCUGGAGAAAUGUAUUGAAGUGGAAAGCAACUGUCUCUGUGAAGCGUUCAAAGAGGAACAAGGAAGACCCUUCAACCCCCACUACACCCUGAACACUGCAGUCGGUAACAUCAUCUCCUCUGUGGUGUUCGGGCAUCGCUUCGAAUACAGUGACGAAAGCUUUCGCAGGGUUCUUGAGCUUGACAAUGAGGCCGUUCUGCUCGCUGGUUCUCCUCAGACUCAGCUGUAUGAUGCCUUCCCUGGCUUGUUUAAGUACCUGCCAGGGCCUCACCAGAAAGUCCACGCCAACUACGCACAGAUCAAAGAGUUCCUGAGGAAGGAAAUUGAGAAGCACCAGGAGGAGUGGAACUCUGAAGACCCUCGAGAUUAUAUAGAUGUAUACCUGUCUGGGAUUGAGAAGAAUAAAGAUGAUCCUCUGGCUGGCUUCAACAUUGAAACCCUGCUGAUUUGCACGCUUGACCUGAUCGAGGCCGGGACGGAAACAGCCGCCACCACUUUACGCUGGGCGCUCGUAUACAUGAUAAACUUCCCAGAGAUACAGAAGAAAGUCCAAGAAGAGAUAGACAGGGUUAUAGGACAGUCUCGUCAGCCAACUAUGGCCGACAGACCCAACCUGCCCUACACUGACGCCGCCAUCCACGAGACUCAAAGGAUGGGUAACAUUGUUCCGAUGGGAUUUCCCAAAAUGGCGAGUAAAGACACCACACUGGGAGGAUACUUUAUACCCAAGGGCAUGGGUAUAACUGCACUGCUAUCAUCUGUGCUGUUUGAUAAGAAUGAGUGGGAGACUCCAGACACCUUCAAUCCCGACCAUUUCUUGGAUGCAGAGGGUCAGUUCCGCAGGAGAGACGCCUUCUUGCCAUUCUCAGCAGGUAAACGUGUGUGUUUAGGGGAGCCCCUGGCCAGAAUGGAGCUGUUUGUGUUCUUUACGUCUCUCCUCCAACGCUUCACCUUCUCUCCUGUUCCUGGAGAAAUGCCCAGCUUGGAGGGUGUGCUGGGCUUUACCCAUUCCCCAGACGAGUUCAGGAUUCUCGCAACACCCCGUUGAUGGCUCUCCAUCUCUCCAGCUUCCAUCAACCCAUCCAAGACAGAGGCAUCAAUUAGCAGGAUGUCCACAGUCUUCUUGCGGCCACAAAAUCAAAGAUUUGUAUUUGUAUAAUUGAGUAAACACAUCAAAGGUCCGUCAUUUUAAGUUAAACAAUAAGACAAUGAUUGUAUAUCGAAACUUGCAAUUGUAAAAUACUGAGAAUGAAUUGACUACUAUGUGAGUAUAAAUAGUAAAAUAACCACAAUGACAAAAUUCCCUGUCGUCUGGGUCUUUGGCUUGAGAGCACUCAAUGACUGUUCAUUGGUUCUUUUAGCAAAUUGAAGCCAUGAUUUCCACAGUCCACCCACAGCCGGGCUUUUUACAGUUAUUUUGAAUGUGAAAACAUGUUUUGUUGUUUAUAAGCAAAACUUAACCGACACAACUUUAAGUACCGUUUUACCCAAACCACUGCUCUCUGUUGUUUUUGUGUACUCAGUAGUAAGCCUGAAUUAUUCAUUACAUUUUUCCGUUCGACAAUGUAUUUGCACUGAUCACUGAUGUGAGAAGCUUUGAUGUACAGGUCCUUAGGUACUUCAGUAACAAGCUCACUUUAAAUUUUGAUAAAUCUUUAUGGACCAAUAAUACAUAACAAGCAGCUCUUUGAACUUUACAUCUCUUAAUGACCCCUAAUCUAGAUAAGUUGGUUGUUAAGUUUCAACUUUUACUUACUUAUAUAACAGUGAUUCCACAACUCCCUUAUCAAACUCCAACUUCAAUAAUAAAUAAUUAUUACAAUUUCAAAAGGGCCUCCGCACUGUUGGUGCUCGUGCCUUAAUAAUACCAAUGACACAAACCCCUCAGAAAAAGUUGUUGCCUAAAUUAAUUUUUGUUUUUGUCUAUGCUUUGUUUCAAAAAUACAUAAUUUCCCCUAUCACUUUCUUGUAAAAGAUCAUAGUUCAUGUGAUUCAAAUGGCUCCAAACACCUACACAAAAAACAAAAUCUUCAUUCACCACAAAUGGUUGCAUCUCCCCCAUAUUUGAAUAAACCCCCACAUUCUCAUAACUGCUUUUCACAAUAAGAAAGAAAAAGGACAGAAAGUUUAAAUUACUUCUUAUUAAUGAGGGACUUGGAGAGCGCCGGUCACGGAUGCAAGAAUUUCUCUUCUUCUCUCCUCCCCGCCGCUCUCCAAGACGUCCUCCAUUGCUCCACUUCUUUCAUCAACGAAACACCGGUCUGGUCAAGAAUACUUUGUUUGCGGGAUCUCGCAAAAGUUUCUCGGGACUUUCUCGCGAUCUCACAAAAGUUUCUUGAGAGCUUGCAAAAUUUUCUCAGGAUCUCACAAAAGUCCGUCCUUUUUUUUCACCCAUCAUUUUUUUUUUUCGUGUCCCCUUGGGGGCUCCGUAGUGCACUGAAACUAUUGUGUUGUGAAAUAUUCCUUGUGUUUUGAAAAUCAAUUUCUACCAUUUCUAAGAAACUUGAGAUUUGUUUCAUGAGCUUCUACUUAUGGGAUUUGUCUUUCAAUAUAUUCAGGUGAAGUUCAACAUUAAACAUCAUUAUUAAUCUCAAAAAAGUUUGUGAAUAGCACUACUGCUUUAAGCCUCCUCCCAUCUACCCU